AUGGCCAGAGUAGGGGCAGCCCCAAGCCAGACCCUCAGCAAGGAAACUUCUUGUCUGGCUGGAGAAAUGAGGCCCUCCCCUCCGCAGAGGGAACUGACUGAGAACCCUCCAGGGACUGUGUAUGGAAAAGGAGAACGGUGGAAGCAGCUCCGAAGAUUCCCCAUCUCCACCCUGAAGAAUGCUGGCAUGGGGAAGCGCAGCCUGGAGGAGAGAAUGCGUGAAGAAGCUCGACACCUGUGUGAGGAGUUCCAGAACACAGGGGGUGCCCCCUUUGACCCCACCUUCUUCUUAAGCUGUGCGGGAUCCAACAUCAUCUCCUCAUUGGUCUUUGGGGACCACUUUGCCUAUGAUGACCCUAAAUUCCUGGAGCUAAUGGCCCUGAUCAAUGGCAACUGGAGAAUCAUGAGCUCCUUCUGGGGACAAGUAACUUGGGGAGCAGAGAUAUUGCCGGUGCAAGUCCCUUGGCUGUGCCUGCUAGGUGCCAGUUUCCUGCGGCUCUCUGGGAUUGAGAGCCUGCCUCACAACUUCUGCUUUCUUCCCUACCGGAUCCUCCUCUUCAUAUUUCCAAAGAUCACGGGUCUACUCCCAGGGCCACACCGGCAGAUUUUCCGCAACUCUCUGAAACUAGAGGCCUUUGUCAAUAACCGUGAGGCUAAAAAUCGGAACUUCCUGGACCCAGCCAAUCCCCGGGACUACAUCGACUGUCUCCUGAUCAAAAUGGAACAAGAAAAGAAUAACCCCCAGAGUCACUUCAAUGCUCAGACUCUUUCUAAGAUAGCAGUCAAUCUGUUCUUCCCAGGGACAGGAACCGUGAGCUCGACUCUUCGCUACGGACUCCUCAUGCUUCUCAAACACCCCGAUGUGGAAGCCCGACUCCACGAGGAAAUUGAUGAGGUAAUUGGGCCAAGCUGGCUCCCCAGCAUGGAGGACCGGGCCAAAAUGCCCUAUAUGGAUGCUGUCAUCCAUGAGAUCCAGCGCUUUGCAGACAUUGUCCCAAUGUCAGUGCCUCACACAGUCACUCGGCCCACCACAUUCCAUGGCUACCACCUCCCCAAGGAUUUGAACAUCAUUCCCCUGCUGCGUACAGCUCACUUUGACCACACGCAGUUCAAAGACCCGGAGAAGUUCAACCCUGAACACUUUCUGGAUGAACAGGGAAGAUUUAAUAAGAAUGAAGCUUUCCUGAUCUUCUCUGCAGGGAAGCGGCUGUGUCUGGGAGAAGGCCUGGCCCUCACCGAGCUCUUCAUUUUCCUCACGAGCCUCCUGCAACGCUUCUCUCUAAGCAUAGAUGGGCCCAGGGAUGCCUUAGACUUAUUGCCUGAAUCCCAGGGCUUGGGCAGUCUCCCUAGGCCCUACAAACUCUGUCUGCUGCCCCAUUAA